AUGAGUCAGCCUGAACCUGAACCGUGGCUAGAGGAGGACGAUGAUAUGCAUGACAAUAAUGUAGGUGAUUUGGAGGCAUAUUGUGAGCAAGAGGAUAUGGACCGUGAAAUCCCAUUUAACCGAGUAUUUGCAUCGAAUUCGGAUGAAGAUGGUCCGGAGGAAGAAGUUGAUGAGGAUGGGUUGACAGCCAAAGAAGCUAACGCUUUCAAGGUUGCAAAUGGCCGGGAUCCAAGUAUACCAUUUUUUCAUGAUGUUAGCCUGGCGGAUCAGGCCGUGGUUGACGGUGGCGAAGGGUUCGUGCUUGGACCUAGGCCAAGUUCCCAUCGGGCUGUGACACAAAGACGGUAUGGCAUUAAGGCUGGUUUGAGGUUCCGAACAUUGCUGGAAUUUAAGAUGUGGAUAAAGGAGUUCUCCGUCAAGCACCAUCGACCGUACAAGGUUGUCCACUCUAACAACAAGAUUCGAUACACGGUUAAGUGUACCGAAGAUCGUUGUCCAUGGAUUGUCCGUGCAAGGCCAUGUAAACUAGGGUCCGAAUGGUACAUCGUGAGUUGUUGUGCUACUCACUUGUGCGAUGGUAAGAACAUAUAUGAACCUAUGGUGAAGAACGAUCAUAGACAGUUGACCUCAGAAUUCAUCGCUUAUAGGCUUUCUAAUUCCAUCAAGUCACUUCCAAUAAUGCCCAUUAAGUCGGUCAUGGAGCUUGUCUAUACUCUCUUCCAUUACCGGGUGAAGUAUGGGAAGGUAUGGAAGGCGAAGCAAGCCGCAUUCAAGAUGUUGUAUGGUGACUGGGAGGAAGCCUACAACCGUCUCCCAAGGUUGUUGGGUGCUAUGGCGCAUACAAACCCGGGCAUGGUUCAUGUGGUCGAGCCUUUUGGCCAACGAAAAAGGACUUACAAAGGUGCAACCGUGCGGAUUUUUGGCCGUGCUUUCUGGGCUUUUGAACGGUGCAUACAGGCUUUCCAGCACUGCAGGCCGGUGAUAUCCGUGGAUGGCACCUUCUUGACCGGCCAAUUCAAGGGCACAAUGUUGGUGGCAAUAAGUUGUGAUGCGAACAGCCGGUUGUUGCCUUUAGCUUUUUCAUUGGUUUUAGCAGAGAACAACGAUAAUUGGGCAUGGUUCAUGGGUCUGCUUAGAUCGAAAGUUAUACUGCCGCAAAGGGAAGUAUGUGUCAUAUCCGAUCGCCAUCAAGGAAUUUUGAACGCGGUGGAGGUUGACAUUCCUGGCCAUGCUCGAUUGCACCAUCGAUGGUGCAUGCGGCAUUUUUGUGCCAACUUCUUUAGAGCAUGUAGGAACAAGGAAUUGACGGACCUUCUUCAAGAAUCUUGCAAGGCUUACUCCGAUCGGCGUUUCUCAAACUUGAUAAACGCACUGCUGGCUUCACGGGACCUCAGCGAGGGGGGCAUGAAUUCCUGA